AAUUAUGUUGUACUUAUGCUGGUAUCACUUCAUGUUAAUAUGGUUUAAGUUAUUGUUUCUUUGUCUGCCACAGUACUUUUCCAAACAAGAGGAAGGUGUAAAAAUGCUCCUGCUUCUAACUGUGGUCCAUCAAAACCUACCUUUCAAGAGCAAAGCUUCAUUAAAGCCUACAAGCGAGGGGCUAGGAGUACAGGCCAAAAAGAAAAGCAGUGAGAGUACUGCAUAUUCUGGUCACGCUGUAAUGAAAGAAAACGGAGCUGACCAUGACAUUGCUAUGGAAGGACCUAACGAUUUGUUCGUAGGCAACUGCGAUGGUGCAGGAGAGUCCGAGACAAAUGAUCCGGUUUUCCAGAAGUUGCUACUCAAAGUACAUUUUACCGUUUCUCCUCUGUGAAGGCAUUUAAUGUGCAUGGAUUCCAGGGAUCCAUUGUUUGGCCAGAGUGACUCUCCUGCUGCCCUGCCCAUCACAGUCCACCUCUUAGGCAGUUCUGCAUCCUCGGCUGUGCCGGCGCGGUCACUCCAGCCACGGGCUCCCUCUGCAGAGGAGUUCCAGCUGGCAGACCAAACCAGGCAGCCUCUCUGUGAGCUGCAGCCCCCAGGAGGGCCCAGUGCACCCAUGAUGAUUGUUGCCAGCCAGUCAGAAAAUGGACAGGUGCUGCAUGUCAUUCCUUCUGCUCAGCCAGGAGUGACCCAAGUGAUUAUUCCUCAAGGUCGGCUUCUGGAUGUGACCAGCACACAGGAUGCUUCGGAAGAGAACUGUGGUGACGGGAACCUGCAGACUGUGGUGGUGGCUGCUAUAGCAGACAGUGCAAGCAGUUACAUUCUGCAUCCACAGGCAUCUCUCACUGUAUCGAAAAAAACAACCACCAGGGUAGUGGAAGAUCCUUUUCACAUCCCUCACCAGCCUUUGCCACUAAAUACCCCUGCAUGGGCACGCUGUCUCAGGAACUGUGAGAAAAUUGGGGACUCGUACCGCGGCUAUUGUGUGAGUGAGACAGAAUUAGAGAGUGUUCUAACGCUACACAAGCAGCAAACACAAAGUGUCUGGGGGACACGCCAGUCUCCAAGCCCAGCCAAACCCGCCACACGGUUGAUGUGGAAAUCUCAGUAUGUCCCAUAUGAUGGGAUCCCCUUUGUCAAUGCAGGAAGCAGAGCCAUUGUAAUGGAGUGUCAAUAUGGGCCAAGGAGGAAAGGUUUCCAGCCCAAAAAAGCUGGUGAGCAGGAAAGCACCUCUGGCCAUCUGUACAAAGCCACUUGUCCAGCAAGAAUCUAUAUUAAAAAGGUUCAGAAGUUUCCAGAAUACAGGGUUCCUACUGAUCCUAAAAUUGACAAGAAAAUCAUAAGAAUGGAGCAGGAGAAAGCAUUCAACAUUCUGAAGAAGAACUUGAUAGAUGCUGGUGGUAUCCUCAGGUGGUAUGUACAGUUACCCACUCAGCAAGCUCACCAAUACCAUGAAAUGGAAACAUCCUGCCUCCCUCCUUCACCCUCCCAUUUUCCUGUGUCUUCUCCUGAGGAGGAGGAGGAGGUUGUUAGAGAUGAGAACUGUGCUCUGCCUUCUCGACUUCAUCCUCAAGUGGCAGACAAGAUCCGAGAACUGGUGUCUCAGGGGAUAGAGCAGGUCUAUGCAGUGAGGAAGCAACUAAGAAAGUAUGUGGAAAGAGAGUUAUUCACGCCUGAUGAAGUGCCAGAAAGACAUAAUCUGUCCUUCUUCCCCACUGUGAAUGACAUCAAGAACCACAUUCAUGAAGUACAGAAGUCUCUAAGGAAUGGAGAGAUGGUGUAUAAUUCAGAAAGUAUCCCAGCAAUGCUGCAAUGGACCACAGACAGUGGGAAUGUCCUCACAGAAACAGUGACUGUUACGUUUGCCUCACCACCUUCAGAUGGGAGCUCAGGAGGGGAGUCAGUCAUCACCAAAGCAGAAUCCAACCAGAGUGGGGAGUCCUUGCCACCAGAAACAGCCCAGCUGUUGUCUUCACUGUCUUCACUUCAGCCCAAGAUAUUUGCACAACUUCAGGGAUUACAGCUGCAGUCAGCAUUUACCUCCACAAAUGGAUCAACUGCCCUGAUAGCUGUAAAUAACCAUUCCCCUCCCAGCCCUGCAAGUCUCCUGGAUUCCCUAGGGAGUGCAAUAACCAGCCAUUCUCUACCACGUAAUCAGGGACAUAACCUGCAAGCAGGUGCUGGCCCAACACAGCACGGUGCUGCUGCCUCUGCUUUUGGGACUCCACCUGGCUCUGAUCAAAGUCUGGCCACCAUGGGCCAAUUGGUACCAGCUGGAGGCGUAAAUGACUCCAGAAGCCUGGAAGGAGUCCAUCAGAUUCUCUUGGGAGAUGUACAGACUAUUCCAGUUCAGAUUGUGGACAACCACCCAGCACUUACUGAAGAAAAUACAGAGGGUAUUACCUGUGAGAGCCAAGUUAAACAAGAGCCAAGAGAAAAAGCGUUGUCUGUGGAGCCAGAUAAAAUCAGAGACUGCAAUAGUUCCUCACCAUAGUUCUUCACCUUCACCUGUAA